GAGUAUCUCACGGUGCGUCACGGGAUUCUUAAAAUCAAAGAGCCGGGGAAUAAGAGCUGGGGAACACAGAGCUCAAAGGAGUUACAUUUGCAUUGAUAUUUGGUUUGACAGUGGUCGUAUUCCUUGGCAUGGGCAACGCUUGAUUCGAAGUUUGAGUGCAACCAGAAUGCAAAUGCUUGAACUUCUUUCCUUAAAGAACUUGGACAUAUUUGCUUCUUUUAUGGGCUGCUGGUUUUCAAAGCAACUUGAGCAUACUCCUGGCUAUGAAGAACCAGCUGUUCUUGCAGCUGAGACCGCAUUCACCGUCGGGGAGGUAGAGGCCCUGUAUGAAUUGUUCAAAAAAAUUAGCUAUUCAAUAAUCAAAGAUGGCCUUAUUCAUAAGGAAGAGUUUCAACUUGCUCUCUUCAAGAACAGUAAGAAGCAUAAUCUUUUUGCUGAUAGGGUUUUUGACUUAUUUGACAUUAAACGUAAUGGCGUAAUCGAAUUUGGGGAAUUUGUUAGAUCUCUCAGUGUCUUCCAUCCAAACACUUCACAAGAUGAAAAAAUUGCAUUUGCUUUCAGAUUGUAUGACUUGAGGAGCACUGGUUUUAUUGAACGUGAAGAGUUAAAGGAGUUGGUUCUCGCUCUUUUACAUGAAUCAGAUUUGUAUCUUUCAGAUGAUAUUGUUGAUAUGAUUGUUGAUCAGACAUACAAGCUGGCAGACACUAACUCUGACGGAAAGAUAGAUCCCAUUGAAUGGAAGGAAUUUGUGAAGAAAAAUCCAUCCCUGCUCAAGAUUAUGACUCUUCCAUAUUUGAUGGAUAUAACAACAGCAUUUCCCAGCUUUAUAAUGAACUCUGAAGUUGAUGAAGAAGAGGUGGAUUAGCAAGUAAUGCUUAUAUUCUUCUCAAAUUGUCUGCUGUUUUCUUCAAAUCUUUAUCGUUCAAGAGCGGAUAAUGGCUAAUUCUUUAGGUACAGUUUUGCUGUUGAAUACAAGUCUAAUUGUAUCUACAACCUCUGCUGAUAAAGUGUCAGUUUGUAUCGUGAUGGGGAACUAUUUUGGUCCUGUUUUCUUCUGUAUAUAGGGGGAUGAGUGGGAAUCUCUGUUUGAAUUUUAUGUAUAGUGAUAUAUAAUAUGUGUGUGUGUGACAUUUAGAGGAUAGAAGUUUUUUUUUUUUUACCCCCGUAAGGUGAAGUGUGUAAAAAAUCAUUAUCUUAUUAUGAGUUAUAUGUCAUGUUAAUAUUUAGAGGUAAACAACAGAUAUCACA